GAUCCAAGCAUGAUCCAAGUGGCGGAGGCAGAGGCGGAGGUACACAAAUUUCAGAUUCCAUAUAAUGCCUGACAAAUUCCAAAGGGAUCUGUUACAAUGUUGAGUUUAUUUGGAACAAGGAUAAUCUAAAAUUUAGAAUAACAGUUGUGUAUAAAAUUAGUGGUCUAUUAAGACUUAUAUCACAGAUAACAAUCAUCUGUGAUAUAAGUAUAAUAAUAUUAUAUGUAUUAUCUUUGCUUAUAUGAUAAGUUACUAUUUUGUCAGUCUGUAGAAAGGUCUGUAGUCUGUAACGUAUGUACCAGAGUAUGUACUAUUUAUAAACCAAAAGCAAGACCAAAAGAUAACCAAAAGUUAAUGUUAUUAAAAAUAUAUUUAUGUGGAAAUCUUGAAAUUUACUUGAAAUAAUGUGUUAUGUGACCAAUAAAACACCUAUAUCAGAUUAUUUAGUGAGGUUAUAUUUCCUAGAGUUGUUGAUGGUUAUAAAAUUUAUAAAGGUUUUUAGGGCAAAAAUAUUUAAUUUUUAUACUUUAAAAUGAACAAAAACGAGGAAACAACAUUAGUACCUCAUCCUGAUGUAUUGCCACCUUCUGAACCAAAGGAAUUAAAAGUAGACGAAAAAGAUUUAGACGACGAUGAUGAAUGGGAAGACGAGGGUAUUGUGUAUUUUAAAAUGACUUUUAUUGUUAACACAUCACUGAAAAUGGGAACAGGCAAGAUAGCGGCACAGGUUGGUCAUGCAUGUCUAGGUUUGUAUCGAAAAAUGUCAGAAAACAAGUUAGAAGAAUUACUAAAUCAAUGGGAACAAUCAGGUGAAAAGAAAAUAGUAUUGAAAGGUUCUGAUGCCAAUCAUUUGAUGGAACUAUAUCAGAAAGCAAGAGAUGCAAAUAUACCAGCUUAUUUGGUCAGAGAUGCUGGGCAUACUCAAAUUCCUAGUGGAUCGGUUACAGUUUUAAGUUUAUUUGGAUUAGAAGAUGAUGUGGAUACAAUAAGUGGCAAACUUACACUAUUAUAACAUGUUAUUACAUUUAUUAUGCAUUUUCUUAAGGUGCUGUGAGGUUACUUUAACCAAUUAUUAUUGAUUUUGUAUUUAUUGAUAAAUAAAAAUGUACUUUUUAUAUUAA